AAUGUAAUGGGACAAAACCAGGACAAGGAGGGGGAGCCAGGGCAGGACAACAGUUCUGCAAGGCCAGAGGAAAAGGGACCAAGCCCAGACACUGGGGGGGCAACAGAGGAAGGAAAUCCAAGUAUUGAGACUUCUGUUGUCGGGGCAGAUGACGAGAAAGCAGCCGAUGGAAGGUUGGAUGAAGGCCCAGGCAGGGAGUCAACAUCACCUACACCAGAGCAGGAUUUGGAUUCUCAUGAUAAGGUGUGCACUCCCACAGAUAGGGGGUUAGUGGAGGGAGGCGAUGGAAAGAAAAAGGGAGGAAGACAGUGUAGCGAGGAAGGCAGGGCUGAACCACUGAAUUCACAACAGCUGAAUGGAAACAGACGGUCUGAUAGCUGCAUGCAAGGAACAUGGGAGGCCAGAAAUGGUGAACCUGCUCAUGAGAGAGAGGACAUGGAAAAAUCAGAAGCAGGUGAAACAAGAGACUUGGAGAAUGAACUAGAAGACCCUCUACAACACAAUCGAGUUGGAGAGGAUCAGGAGAACUUUAGGUUUGACCUUCCUGGAACAGACAAGAUUGAAUGUGCACACGAAACAGAAAUCAGAGGUAAGCAGGACACACACAUAUCAGAUGUAAAGGACAAAAUAGAAUUUGUCUAUGAAGAUGUAACCAUGUUAAGAAGACAAGAAGAGGACAGAGGACUACACGGAGAUAUUGCAGAUGUUACAAACAUGAAUACCAGCAGGAACAUAGAAGCUGCCUCUGAAAAUGGUAUAACAAAAUCACGUCCUGCUGUGGUGACCUCUGAGAUGCUGAAGAGUAAGAACUUUUCAACACCAAUGGAUCCUGAAGAUGCCUCGCCUGCUACAGACAGACAAGCCAACUCAAAGGUCCACUACCUGGCAAAAGACAAAGUUUCCACAACAUCUAGUGAUAAUGUUAAGUUGAAGACCAGCUCAAUUAAAUCACAAGAUGAGAAGCCGAUGAUUGAACCCAGCUUGUCAAACCUUGCGAUGAACUCACCAACGGACACAUCGAGGGACAUUACUAAAGUAAAUCACCGAGUGCCAGAGAAUUCAGAUACGGAUGUAACAGAAUCCCCAAACACUGAAUAUUCUUCCCCAAAGAAAGUUGAAACCCAGGGGCAUACAAUGAUGAAUGUCUGCAAAGUGAGAGAAAAUGUGCUUCAGCCAACAGAUGAUGUCAUAAAGACCAGACUUACUAGUUCAUUACAGGCAGGUGCUGAAUUACUAAACAAAGCCAUGAGUCUGGAACGAGUACACACCCCAGAGGACCUGAGCCCCUUAGAAGUGGCAUCCAAGUCACCUCAGGGUCACAUCGAGAGCAAUAAGCAAAUAUCUGCAGGCGAAUUCACACAGGAUGAGCAUCAGAAAGAAAUGCAAUUUUAUUUGUCAGACUUGGACAGCGUUUCGACAAAGAAAACUUCACUGGAGAGAUCACCUGCUGGAGAUAAAAAAAAUAAAGAUGGCAUAAGAGAGACUGAAGAAAUAGAAAAUAUGGAGUCUGCUUCAAAGAGUCGGCAUUGUUUCCAAGCAAUGAAAACUGAGAUUAAAGACCUUUCUCUGCAUGGAACGGAAACAGGAGAGGGCUAUUGUGUGACAUAUAAUAUGGCUGGUGUAAAUAUACUGGGUAAAAACAAACCCCUGCAACAAAGCCAUGAAGACAUUAAGUAUUCUCACCCCCCUUCUAAAUCUAAUAUUCAUGCUUUUCAAAAAAAUGAAAUGGAGGAUUCCCCUCUUUUACAGAAAGCCAAAGUCCACACAGAGAAAAGUCUAGAAUGUUUUCUGGCUGUAAUAAAUCCACAGCCAGAGACACAAACAUUUCCAGUGACAGUGAAGGAUGCUAUACAAAAGAUGGAUCCAGAAUUUACCUCUUCUCUUUGUGCAGUGAUUGAUGAAGAUGGUGCUGCUGAUCAGCAGAGAUUAGACACCAACAAAGUCUCAUCAGACAGUCUCAAUCCCAGCCAGUUUAAUCAGAAUAUCAUCAGAUCUAACACAGAUAUGCAUAAGGAAACAUCUGCAACCUGUUCCAUCUCUGAACUCAUGGCUGGUCCUGAGACAGCUUCAAUAGUUAAAGAGGACAGGCCAAGUGUCACGCCACCUCUUUCAAGUGUGGACAAGACUGAAGUUGGUCUGUCUGGUUCCCCUCAACUUUUAACAAAUGAGUCAACGGAUUCCAUAGUAAGCCUGACAGACGUAUCUGAUCAAGUCCAGGAUGCAGGAGUUGCAAUGCCACACAGCGAAACAAACACAUCUGCUUCACAAGAUGUGCAUCAUUCUGCCUCCAUGUGCAACCUAAUAAGUAUGCAAGCUAACGAGAAACAUGAUAAAGAGCAGAACAAGCUGUCAACGCAAGCACACUUACAUCUGGUCACCUCUAACACUGAGGAGAAACAUUCAAACCAGCUUAACCAAAAACAUGCAACAGAGAGCGGCUCUAACAUCUUGACCACAGAUAGUGCUGAAACAAGCAUGGAAGCACAACAAGGUUUACAGAAACGACAUGUUUCAGAUUUGAUAAAGGAAACUAUUGCGUUGCAGAAAAAGAUGAAGGAGUGGACCAAGCCAACAGAGGCCCGAGGUGACCUGACCUUAGAUACAACACAGUCUGUUAAAGUAUCACAGAUGAAAGCAGCAUUUGAUCCACCAAAGAAAUCAUCUGAAAAAGCACUAGAGAGAAAAACUUCAGUGAGAAAAGACAUGUUCAAACGGGUUGUGCGACAGAGUAAGUUCCGGCAUGUGUUCGGCCAGGCAGUGAAGAACGACCAGUGCUACGAUGACAUCAGGGUUUCUCGGGUCACGUGGGACAGCUCCUUCUGUGCGGUCAACCCCAAAUUUGUUGCCAUAAUCGUGGAAGCCAGUGGAGGUGGCGCAUUCAUGGUUUUGCCUCUUAAUAAGGGUGAGGACAGCACCCAGGCAGGCAUUUCAGAUGAGAAGUCGGGCCGUAUAGAUAAGGCGUACCCUACAGUAUGUGGCCACACUGGUCCUGUUUUGGACAUUGAUUGGUGCCCUCACAAUGACCAGGUCAUCGCUAGUGGAUCAGAAGACUGCACCGUGAUGGUGUGGCAGAUCCCAGAGAAUGGUUUGGUGACCCCCAUGUCAGAACCAGUGGUGGUGCUGGAGGGUCAUUCUAAAAGAGUAGGCAUCAUUACCUGGCAUCCCACUGCCCGCAAUAUCCUCUUAAGUGCAGGUUGUGAUAAUGUUAUUAUAAUCUGGAAUGUGGGGACGGGAGAGGCCAUUACUACUCUGGAGGAUAUGCACCCUGACGUGAUCUUCAGCGCAUGCUGGAAUCGCAAUGGCAGCCUCAUCUGCACCGCCUGCAAGGACAAGAAAGUCAGAGUCAUUGACCCACGCAAGGAGGAAAUCGUUGGAGAGAAGGACAAAGCCCAUGAGGGUGCCAGGCCCAUGAGAGCCAUUUUCCUAUCUGACGGCAAAGUGUUCACCACUGGUUUCAGCCGCAUGAGUGAGAGACAACUCGCACUCUGGGAUCCGGAAAAUAUGGAGGAACCAAUCUCUGUCCAUGAGAUGGACUCCAGUAAUGGAGUCCUCCUCCCCUUCUAUGACCCCGAUACCAAUGUGGUCUACCUGUGUGGAAAGGGUGACAGCAGUAUCCGUUAUUUUGAGAUCACGGACGAGGCUCCAUUUGUUCAUUACCUCAGCACCUUCAUCACCAAGGAACCCCAGAGGGGCAUGGGAUACAUGCCCAAGAGAGGCCUGGAUGUCAACAAGUGUGAGAUUGCAAGGUUUUACAAAUUGCAUGAGAGAAAGUGUGAGCCUAUCAUCAUGACCGUGCCAAGAAAAUCGGACCUGUUCCAGGAUGACCUGUAUCCUGACACGGCGGGGCCAGAUGCUCCAUUAGAGGCCGAGGAGUGGAUUGAAGGGAAGAAUGGAGACCCCAUCCUGAUAUCCCUGAAACAUGGAUAUGUUCCAGGCAAGAACCGUGACCUCAAAGUGGUCAAGAAGAACAUUCUAGACAACAAGAUGACCAAGAAAACGGAGCAUACCACCCAUGCCAACAAGACUGCCACCUCUACACCAUCUAUCAAAAGUGAAGCUAAGAUGGACGAGGUGUUGAAAGAAAUCAAAUCUCUCAGAGAGCUGGUCAGCAGUCAGGAAAAAAGAAUUGCCAAACUUGAGGAGCAGUUGUCUAAAAUGGACAUCUAAAGGACCCUGCAAUCCCCUCCCCCUUCUAUUCAGGUUAUCCCAUUGGCCAGGUGGGCGGGACCCGUCACUGCCAAUUACCAUGACAGCGUUCCGUCUGGUUGCCUGCCUUUUGCAGUGUCUCCAACCGACAUUCCAAGAUAAAUAGUUAUUCCCUUUGCAAUCCCCCGAAUCUGUUUACACCUGAUAGCCAUUUGGAAAAUGAGAAAUGCCUCAGUUUUAGCUUUUACUCAAGUCUCACUCCAAAUCUUUCUGUAACAGUUGUGUUUUAUCUGGUGUUCUUGAAUGGUCUUAAGUUUUUGUUUUGCUUUUCUUAUUAAAAAUUGUGACCAAGAAGAUUGCGUUAUGAAGCAGUAACAUGAAUUUGAUGAGCUCAAAGUUUAAAGUAGCCAUCAGUAUUGCAGUUCUCACUCUCGCCCUUUUGAGUUGCCAAAUUUGUAGAGGAUUUCUGUGUAUGCACCUCCCUGACAGUAUUUGACUAGCUUUUAAUUUUUUUUCUUAACUAAACAUUGUACGUAAAUGGGACAAAACAAUAUGCUAGUAAUGCAAGGAGGGGGAAAUCAUUGGAACCAGCCUUCUGUUACAGGUGUCUUUCUAGAGAAUACGAAAUAAAAAAAAUAAAGAUUUUAACCAACCUGGUAAACAUGUAGAGUUGACAAGUUUUACAAACCAGUACUGGAAAACAUUACAGGUGCAAUUAAGUCCCACUGAAUGUUUUUUGGUAAUGAUUCAGGUACCCAUUAUAAAGUAUUAAAGAUUAAAUUGUUUAAUUCUGUCAUCAUUUACUAGCCCUAAGGUUGUACCAAAGUCAUAUGACUCCAUCAUUGGCAGAGCCUAUUUUAUAAAUGUAUAUUUGAAAUCAUAGAUUCAUCUCUAAUAUUCUAACCCACUCAAAUUAGACCCAGGCCCACACUGGCCCACCUAGAAUAUUAGAGAUUAAGCUAUGAUUUAAAAUAUAGAUUUAUAAAAUAGUGUAAAAAUGCAUACAUUCUUAUUUCUGGAAGUGUGAGAGAACGGUUUCAAUGUGCCACCUCUCUGUUGUUAGGAAAAUUUGGUAAAAACAAAUUGAAGCGAAAAUGUGGCCCAUCCAUUUUUGAGGCCCACCCAAAACUAAUUUCCUUGCUCUGCCCUUUGGACUCCAUGAAAUACAAGGUUAUGUUGAGCAGAAUGUUAGUCUUAUUCACCAUUCACUUCCAUUGCAUCUUUUUUCCAUCCAAUUAAAGGUACUAAGCGAUUUUAAAAAAAAAAUAAAAAAAAUUAAAAAAUUCAUACUCCCAUAAAGAUAUUAAUGAAAUAAGUGUCCUGAGAUAUGUCACCUGUCUCUGUGUACAAAAAUGUGUUUUUUACCUGUCAAAUAAAUUUGCUAGUUCUCAUUUGAAGUGGAUCAUUGAGGCUAUGAUUCAUAAUGUUUGUCAGUUGAAGGUGCUAUUGUGCCAAUGUUGAAUUUGACAGCCACAGAAACAAACAAUGAUGCUCUGUUUUGGUCUCAAAAUGAUCUUUGGAGGAAUGAGGGGUGUGGCUAAUUCAACGGCUCAGACACAUGAAAGCUUCAGAAAGCUAAAAUCGCUUAUAGCACCUUUUAAAGUGAAUAGUGACCUGAAGUGAAUAAUCUGACUAAUAUCUUUUUUGGAUUCCAUAGAGGAAAUAAAGUAUCAUGGGUUUGGAACACCAUCAUUGGUCAGUAAAUGAUGACUGAAUUGUAUUUUUAGGUAAACUAUCCCUUUUAAGCUAUUAGUAGACAAAGGAAUCAAACCAUUGGUUCUGGUUGCUGCCACGGAAAUAUCCAAUAAUUAUGACUACAAAUACUUCCUUUCUUCAUGACAACAAUUGCUUAUCGUAAAUGCAUGCAAACAGAGUUUUUUUUUUUUUUUUUUAUUCGAUUUUAUAAUCUGUUUCUCCACAUUCCCAAUUUUACAUAUCUGCACUUUUUCUUACACUGUUUCCUGCCUGAGGCUAGAAACCAGCCGUCUUAACCUUCUAAUUUCUCAUACUAAAAGAUAAAGAAAUAAGGCUGGAAGAAGAACAUGGCCAUGUCCAUUAGCUGUGAAGGUUGUGAAGUCUUUAAGUACCCCUUUUUAUAUAUAUAUAUAUA